GCGAUAACAGCGUUUGUCCUUCUUGGACUCAGUUUUGUGACUGGCUGACGGGCAGAGCGGGCGACGGACGAAGAAACUUGAGACAAUCACACCGUGAUCCGACAUUCAGAGCAAUCCAUUUCCCUCUGAAAGUGACACUUUAAAAGGUUGAUAGCUCUUUGGCCAAGUCUUAGAGCCUCAGAUCGAUGGUUGGCAGAGAGCGGCGUUGAGGUACAGCGCGUGUCUCGCGUCUCCAGACACGGGAAUUGAAGUCAACACACCAGGGUGUUCAACCCUCCGUGGGAAACUGAAUGAGACGCUUCGCAAGAGAAGUGGGAAAAAAACAGCAGAGAGAGGCUUGGUGAGAUAGAGGAAGAUAUAAGGCACCGUGAAAAAAAAAAAAAGGGAGAAGGAGUGACUGACACCUGCCCUUCAGCUCAGUGUGAAGGGCACAGAAUGGGAGAGUGAGAGGAGGGGCAUGAAAAGAGGGAAAACAGAAGAGAGAAUGAAGACAACCGGAAAACAAGGCCUGCCUCAAAGCAAACCUCGCUCAAAUUAGGACAUCUCGCCACAAGACAAGAUGAUUACAAGAAAUCUGCUCCUAUUGGUUUCCCUGUGCCUGUGGGAGGGGCUUGUGGGAGGUGCCACGGCCAGUAUGAUUGUACGGAGAAGAGGAGUGGGCGGAUCGCACAUAGUGAAGCUAGGGGACAGCAGAGCUGCGGACCAAUGGGAUGCAAGCGUGGAUGCGAAUGCAAUGCCCGUGGUGACUCUUAGAAACCUGAUUAGUCAUGAGCAGGCGGGUGACACUGGAUCUUUCUCUUAUUCCAAAAUAUUGCAGAAUCGUGCUGCUCCGUCAGUAGCUAACAAGGAGAGGCAAGCUUUCAAACCCAAACGUGAGGUUGACUCUGUCAGUAAAAAAGAAGUGACUCCGCACAUAUUAGCCAAUAACAAGGAGUUAAACCAGGACGUGAAGAAAGUUAAGAACAACACCAAGAAUGCUGAGACUUCUACCAAAACAGGAAGGCCAGAGAAAACAUUCACAAUCCAUUAUAAACCAGAUCUUCACACCAAUAGAACAAGGUUUAAAUCAGGAUCUAGAGCCAGGAGCAGACCUGAUUUGAAUGUCCAUACUACAGGUGUGCCAGGAAAAGGAUUCAGUAUAGAUUCAAACCGAAAGCUGAACCUCACUGGCAGUUAUGGGGUUCUCAAGCUGCUGUCAAAAGAGAACCUAGUCAGGAUCGUCAAUUCCCAAAUGCAGAAUGUUCCAAGCCUGAGCUUUCCGAGCAAGGGCAGCCGGAGCAGGAAGAGAGAUUUGAUUGACGUUAAUCACAGACAGUUAGAGGCUCAGAAAGUGCAGAGACAAGAUAUGGCUGUCACUCAGUUUCACACUGGAUUUGAUAAUCAGACUGCAUUUCCUUAUGUAAGCCCAGUCACCACUACAGAUCUUAAUCGAGAUCAGGGCGCCAACACACGUGUUAAUCCACUAAGUGAAGUCAGCCCAGCUUUAAGUAAAGGGCAGGGCAACUUUGGAAUGCAGGGUUCAGAUAAUGGCGACAGCAAAAGCAAACACCUCCUCCGUUUACUGUCAACACCUCACAGCGAGGUCAGUCUCAGCCCCGGGAAGGAAGUAAUAAUCAGCCAAACAGAACCGCCAUUUACAUCGACAAAACAUUUCCCACUUUAUGUUCCCUCUGAAACAAAUGAUUCUCCACCGUCUGUGCUGACAAUGAAACCCCUGGGAGUAAGGCCGGGGAACAGAGCAGCAGAUUCCCAUAGAGACCCAUUAACAGAGUCAGUUCACACUGCUCAAACAGAACUCAGCACAGCUCAGUACCCUGCAGAUGAAGACAACAAACUUGUCAACAGCAGUCAUGUCCUGAGGCUCCACCCAGCUCCCGAAUGGAGCCACGAUACAAAAGACGCUGGGAUGCAAGCUGUCGAUCCAGAAAAUGGGAAGGGCCUUGUGUUUGAAGAAGCAGAGUCAGAGGUGGAAGAGGAGGUGCGUGACCGACUGGAAAGAAAGGGGUCGCGCUCUCGCAGCAGGAGGAGCUGGAUCUGGAACCAGUUCUUUGUGAUUGAAGAAUAUGCCGGGCCAGAACCUGUGCUCAUCGGACGGCUCCACACCGACAUGGACAGGAAUGAUGGACGCACGAAGUAUGUACUGCGAGGCGAGGGGGCGGGAUCGGUCUUUGUGAUAGAUGAGAAGACUGGUAACAUCCACGUCACCAAGCCACUGGACCGUGAGGAGAAGGACGAGUACCGUCUCGUCGCCACAGCUACCGACAGGCAAACGGACCGUGCCCUGGAGCCCUCGUCACAGUUCAUAAUUCGGGUGCAGGACAUCAACGACAACCCGCCUAUCUUUGACGAAGGCCCCUACAGCGCCAUCGUGCCUGAGAUGGCAAAUAUAGGCACGUCUAUAAUCCAGGUGACAGCGACAGAUGCUGAUGACCCGACUUAUGGGAACAGCGCCAGGCUAGUGUACACACUGGUGCAGGGCCAACAGUACUUCUCUGUCGAUCCCCAGACAGGUAUUCUGCGCACGGCUGUACCCGACAUGGACAGGGAGACCCAGGACCAGUACCUGGUGGUGCUUCAGGCUAAAGACAUGGGGGGGCACCUGGGUGGAUUAUCUGGGACCACCACCGUCACUGUCAGGCUCACUGACGUCAACGACAACCCUCCACGCUUCACCCAGAGUAUAUGGUCCUUCUCUGUUUCUGAGCUGGCCAUCCCGGGGGCUGAGAUAGGGCGUAUCUCUGCAACUGACGCCGACCGUGAGAACGCCAGGCUGGAAUAUACCAUCCUGGAGGGGGAGACCGGAGACACGUUCAACAUCACGGGAGUGAACCAAGAGGCGGUCAUCACGCUCAACAAGGCGGUAGACUAUGAGAGCCGGAGCUCGUACUCCUUCUCUGUGGAGGUCCUCAACCCCAUAGUGGAUCCUCGCUUCUUGCGUCGAGGCCCCUUCAAGGACCGGGCCUCCAUCAGAGUAGCAGUGCUGGAUGCAGACGAGCCUCCAAGGUUCUCCCGAGCCCGAUACCACAUGGACGUAUCUGAAAACUGCCCGCCAGCCUGCACUGUGGGCCGGGUCAGCGCUGUAGACCCUGAUACUGGUCUUACCAAUAAUAUCAGGUUCUCCAUUGAUCCUCAGUCAGACCCAGAGGCUCUGUUUCGUAUCACCCCAGACACUGGCCUCAUCAUGACAGCCAUGGAACUAGAUCGGGAACGCGAGCAUUGGCACAACAUUACUGUCAUCGCGACCCAGAGAGACAAUCCCAGCCAGGUGUCCAGAGCUCUGGUUGCAAUAGAGACAUUAGACCUGAAUGACAAUGCACCCGAGCUGGACAGGCAAUACACAACGGCCAUGUGCGACUCAUCGACCAUCGGGCAGGUGGUGCAGGUGUUGCGGGCGAUUGAUAGAGAUGAGGGAGGGAAUGACAGCACUGUGUAUUUCAGCAUCCCUCCGGAGUCCAGCGCUGCCCUCAACUUCAGCGUCAGGGAUAGUGGUGGCCCCACGGGCAGCCUGGUGCUCCUGUCCCAGCUCCAGCCGCUGUCCCGCUCCCAAUCCUCCACACUGACGCUCUACGUGCCGCUGGUCCUGAGGGAUGGGACGUCAGGCCUCACCAGCACCGGGACAGUCACCGUGUCGGUCUGUCCCUGCCUGAGAGGAGGGGCACGGGCCGGGGAGAAAGACAAGGACAAACAGGCCGAGGGCGAGUGGGACUGGGAAAGAGAGGCGGUGUGUCUCCCUCAGCAGUCCACACUGCCUUCCCCUGGGCUCAGUACCGCUGCCCUGCUGGCUAUCCUGGCUUGUGUCGCUACGCUAUUGGCUGUGAGUGCCCUUUCAUUGUCGUUGCGCCGUCAGAAGCGCGACUCCCUGUCACCGCUGGAGGAGGACGACGUACGUGAGAACAUCAUAACGUAUGAUGAUGAGGGCGGGGGCGAGGCCGACACCGCUGCCUUUGACAUUGCCGCACUCCAGAGUGCCCCGCACAGCUCUCGCUCACAUGGCUAUCGCACACUGGACAGCAGGAAUGUACGUUACGCCCAUCGUGGCCAAGACAAAACUCGCACCUAUAGCUGGGCUCAAAAUCCGGGUGUGGAUCACAACUACUCAGGACCAGGAGGACCUCUCUAUGGUCGCCUCUGUUACAGCAGCCACACCUUACCCGUUCUCCGCCGCACACCAGGGGGGACAUUUGAACCAGGCCUGGCAGAGCUGGGAUACCGCUUUCCUGGAGGCCAGCCAGACCACUCUCUGGUCAUCCAGAACCAGGGGGCCAUGGUAGGGCCCAUGGAGUCUGGGGCGGUGUACAUAGCUCCCACGGACCACAGCACAGGAAGCCGAACGGGGAGCCGCACGGGAAGCCGUGACGGGACCGCACCCCAAAGUGGGGUGAGCACGUCGGAUGGAGGAACGCCGAGGACCAGUGACAGCCAGGAGAGAGGAGGAGGGACAGGAACUGCAAGCAACUGUACAGAGGGAAGCAGUGAGGACAAAGGGAACCACAGUCAAGAUGUGGACUGGUACCACACCCUACCCCAGCCCCGAACUGAAACCACUCGUGCUCGCCUACGUUCCCUCCAGGUGCAGUCGGAGACAUUACCCAGAGAACACAACCUCGUCAUGACCCGAUCUGGCUCCAUGAUGGGCCAGGGUCACGGUGCAGGAGGCUGGGUGUGCGACUCGGCUACCCUCCCCAUGGCGGGACGCAGGGCCUCCCGCGCCGGCUUGUCCCCAAAACGCACGAGCUCUGGCCAGGCUGAAUCUGACUCAAGCGGAGGAGGAGGAGGAGGAGGAGGAGGAGGAGGAGGAGGCAGUGGAGGAGGAGGAGGAGGAGGGGGAAGUGGAGGUGGAAAUGGGGGCACCUCCACAGAUGGACAACAGCAACCUGCCAGUGGACGCAACUACGCCACUGUCCUGCAGGGGGAGGUGUCUGGACAGAGGGACUACCCCGGCAGCUUGGGGAGAGGAGGACUGGAGAUGGGGAGCAACUUUGUGGUAGCGAGGCCAGACAGGGAGGGCGGAGGGAUAUCAUCUGUCUACCCAGAAGCAGCUGGCUUUAUUGGGGACUGGCGUGAUCGGGUGGGUCUGGGGGGGUAUGUUUUGGGCAGAAGGGAUAUGACCCCCCAGAUUUUUCCCUUCCCAGGGCAGCCUCGAGGAGCAUACGGCGGGGUGAUGGGCUUUGGGGCCGGUUGGGUUCCAGGAAUGGAGGCUGUGAGAGGAGCACCAGGGCCUGGGGGUCCCUCCUUGGCACUGAGGGUGGGCGAGUUCCUACGUCUGCGUCUUGCCCAGGUCACUUUUGACCCAUCACAGCCACCGUACGACUCUGUGCAGGUGUACGGCCUGGAGGGCACAGGGUCCCGGGCUGGAUCCCUCAGCUCCCUCGAGAGUGAAGGAGAGAAGGAUGCAGAGAAGGAGGAGUGGGGGGCAGGGCUGGAAGAGUGGGGUCCCCAGUUCCAGAAAUUAGCCCAACUCUUCAAAGAAAGGGAGAAAGAGAGGGAAGAGAAGGAAAAAGUUGAAGAUGGUGCCAAAAAGGAGAAGGAAAAGAAAGAAGAUCCAGAGAAGAAAGAGAAAAAAGAGGGAGGAGCGCAGGCUGGAGAAGAGGGCAAAGACUGAGGAAGGAUACAAUGAAACAAAUAGGGGCAAAGGGGGUAAGAGAGGAAGGGAGGGAAUAGGAGGAUGAUGAAAAGACAACCAGAGCUAGAAUAAUGUGAAGAGAAGUUAAAGGCGAGAAAGAUGAAGAGGCAAAGUAAUAAAAAGAGACAGAGAAAAAUGAGCCUAGGGAGGAUGGAGAAUGCGAGGGCAGGGGAGGGAGUGAUUGAUGUAAUUUAAAGCAAUAAGUGUUGAAACGCUGAUAUGGUUGAGCACAGAUACUGAGACAAUGCAGAGGCUGCUUCUGCUCGGGGCAGCAACAAUUUGUUAAACGCUUUGGACAAAGAAAAACAACCCAAACAUCCAAGACUCGAUUUAAUUCAACUCUCACGUAUGGAAUGAGAAACAGCAGGAAACAAGAAGGAAGACGUUUCUCCUUGCGUGUGUUGGUCUGCACUUUGUGUCUGCAUGUGUGUUUGUGUGUGAGCGAAGUCUGUGAGAGAACAAGGAUGUGCAAGAAAGAGUGCAUGUAGGCACUUGUAUAUGUGUGCAUAUUUAACACAGACGGAGCAAGAGUGGCAGGGAGAAAUAAUGAUACCCAGAGACAAUUUAAAGAUGAGACUGAUGACUGAUGAUACAUGAGCUGCAACAUUAGUUUUCGGGACAAGAGUAAACAUAUAACAAAGAAGUUUAGAAACUAGGAUAACACACAGGGGAUAAAAUAUAUAUUUGAAUAUAAAGUGAACGGGACGGGGGAUAGAUGUAUAGAGAGAGAAAUGGUCGGGAAAGUGAGACGAUUGUACAGAAAAAUGUUACUUUUUAUUCCAUCUGCAGUGGCAGAAAAGUGAAUUAUUCAGCUCACUACUUCAUUCCAAAUGAAAAUGAUGAAUCAUUUAAAUCCUGCAAAAGAUUCUCCCUCCUCUCAGCCCACAAGGAAAACAGACAUUGUGAAAAAUUUAAAUGAUUUAGGGAUGCGAUCCCCCACUCCCCGACCCCUCUCAUCCCUCCAGCUUUUUGUAGUUGAGUGUUGAUAUGUUUACAAAGAUUCACACACAAACACACAGACACAAAAGAACUGAUGAACACCAUAAGGCUUUGAUUGUACUACAGUAAAUUAUAAAAGCAAAACCAUCCACAAUCUACUAUAUGGAGUAAUGACUCUAUUAUUGAUCUCUUAAAUGUUUUUAUGGAAGAAGUCUCCUAUUUUUUAUGCGUAUCCCCCCCUGUAGUCUCACUUGACACGUCUUGAGGACAAAGUAUGCAUGAUUUUUGAAAACAACAAAAAACCUAAAAAGGCAAUCAAUUCCACUUUGAACACUCAUACUGCCCAAAUGAAAAUUCCCAUAGAUCUCUGUAAUGAAAUUAUAGGGGAACAACACCACAGAGACUCCCGUGACAGGCUUUUUGUUCUUGUUAAAGGUCAGGAUGCAAAUGAGCUGGAGUUUUCAGCUGGAAUGCACUUUUAUACUGUGUGAUGUUCAAUAAUAGAUUAUGAAUAAUGUCAAAGAUUCCAGUUGUUUUAUAAGAUGUCAAUUAAACAAAAAGAUACAAUGUCUGACUGUAUGUAAAAGCAUUUCAAAUGUAAAUACUGCUGAAUAUUAUUGCUAAAAGAGAGUAUAUAAAAUGAAAAAUAAGUUUAAAAAAAUCUAAAACAGGACUUACAUGUCCAAAUGGAGCACUGUUGGGACUAUCUGUAUGUACUGUAGAUUAGAAAUGGAUUAACUGAGCUGGACGUAACAGCCUCCUGGACUGAAAAUAACACCAUGUAUUCAACAUCUACGUAGUAAGUGAACAGGUUUGGGUUUGUUUUGUGGUAGUGCUCGUCUGAGAUGGACAAGCCAAGGGUUCAAUUAUAUAUGUGGCCUCUGGCAGAAGGUUGUUGUGCAAAAUAUUAGUUACAGGAAGCCUCAGAAGUAGCCUGUCCCAGCGAGGAACCAAUUUGAUGAAAAUCCAAUGGAGUGAGGAGAAAUUCCCCUAAUAGGCAUACAACAACAAAAAAAAAACCAACAAUAUUUUCCCUAAAAUCUGGUUUGUUGUUCUGCAAAAGUAGAAUAAUAACACUGAAAUGGAAUUUGUAAUAUGUUUCAAGGACAACUCUGUCAUUAGUGUUGCACUGCCUGAGAGAUAUGAAUCAAAGUUUUAUAGACAGUUACAGUUAUUAUCUAGAAAUAUAAUUAAGUGUACAUUUAAGAGUAAGAUUUUUAAUGUGAGUAUGGGAAAGUGACUGUCCGUCAAAUUUCAUCAUUCAUGCAUUUCAGGCAAUUCAAUGACCGUAUUAAUAUUGCAUUUUGCUUUACCUUGACCACUACAUAUAUCUAAAGUCAAGUGAAUUCUCUAAUUUUGUGGAAUGAUAAUAAUGACUAAUAUUUGUUGAAUUUUCCUGACAAAGGCUUUACAGAGUUAUCUGAGUCCAGAGGGGAAUUUUGCCACAUACCCUAACCUGAAUGUCGACAUCUUUGGUGUGCCAUUGCAGAAAUGUCACCGUUUAUCACUGGUUCACUGUAAAGCCACCCACAUAAGUCAAGCUGCCAGCUUUGCUAGUGUCCACCAGUUUGGUCCACCAUAAUCUUGCUGUCAAGGUCUGCUACUGUCAACACUUACUUAACCAAUCAGGAAGUCAGGACUUCACACUGACCGAAAUGAAACCCAUAUACACCUCUGUACCCUUUACCUGAGCCACAGACUUGUCCAUACUGUGCUACUGUGCAGACUGGAUGGUAUCAGGACCAAUGUACAAAUACUGCACAAUAAAUGGAGAAGAGUGGGGGGUGCAGAACCUCAGAGGAGUUCUAAUUAAUUGUGGCUGUCAACAAUAGCUCAACACCCUAAAGCUACCUAAACGUCAGUGUAAUCCAAAGUGAAGGUAUAUGGGCUAUUAGACAUUUACAGUAAUAUACUGUGCGCCAAGUUUAAAGGAUAAUUCUGGUUUAUUACAACUUGGGUCUUAUUUUCAUAGUUUUUGCCAUUAUUUCUAUCAGUAAUAAUAACAUUGUACUCUGCAAGUUAAUUGCUGAGAUCUGGGACUGGGAAACAUUGCUUUAAGGGAAAUCCAUUGGGGCAAGAAACACAAGCUUACAGGUCUUAAACAGAAUAUUACUGAAACUGUCUGUUGUAAAAAUCUAUCAAGGUUUACAGACCAGCUUCCUGGUUCAAAUUUGGUCCACCGUACUUGCCAUUUCUAGGCAAUGAGGGAUUAUUACAAACAUUUUGAUCCCAUUUACACAACAGCUAAGUGUAAAUGCAUGAACUGAAAUCCGAUUGCUCCGCAUUAGUUGUUGAAAAGGUGUAAUUACAUCCAGAGCCUCUAAAACGCAUAGGUGAUUUUUACUCCUCAGUCAGUCUGUGGAAGUUGCCUCUACAGGAUCUGUCCUGUGACACUGAUAUUAGCCUGAUAUUAGCCAUUGUUCUCUCUGUCACAUUAAAGUAUGUGGGUGAGAGAACAUUGUUGGUUGAGGGAGCAGCGUGAAUGGGACCCCAUGAAGAUGAUCAAACUUUUGUCUCGCUCGUAGUCCAUAAACACAAUUCAUCCAUGAGUUUGUGUUAGCUUUGGAGAGUUGUUAACUAGCUAGCUAAGCUGUUAAUGUUGUAAGUAAACUUAAAGUGCAGAUGUUCUUCUUCUUCAUUUUUGGCAAUUACCAAACAGCUUCAGGUGUUCAGACCCUUGAAAAGACAAGUGUAAACUGAGUUCCAUAAACUGGUUUAGAUAAUCUUGCUAAAUACUGACUCUUUUCACAACCUAACAGGUUGUCUGACCCCUUGUCUUUCUUGCCCUAUCUGAUUAGUCAGGUGUGUACAACAUUAUCAUAACUGAUAGAAAUGAUGGUCAAAACUACAAAAACAAGUUGUUAUGAACCAGAAUUAUCCUUUAAACCUCAUCAAUAUUGGAGUGAAAUGCCAAAUAAUUUAGAAUGGGCAGAGUGAAGUGAUAUCUUGAAUGAUAAUUUCACUGGUACACCUAAAAUGACUGCCAAAGAACUUGGAACCAUUUUGUUAUGAGAAUAAGUAUUGUUGUAAAGAGCACUAAUGUGUUGAUUUGCCAACGCAUCAUCUGGCCAAUGUUUUCCUUAGCAUUUAUGUGGAAUGUGCCAACUUUCUUAGUCUCUCUGUCUCUCAACAAACAAAAAACUAUCCUCAUUUUCAUAACAGUAUUGCCAAUUCUGGGGCAGCCAUUGCAAAAGCAAUUAGCAUGGUAUACCAGUAAGUGACCUUUCUUGCCAUUCUAAUUACAUGGUUUAUUCCACAGUCUUGAUUGGCUCCAGGUGUUUCAUCUCUGCUGAUCGGUCUAAUUCAAAGUUCUGCUCUGGCUGAUUGGUCAAAAUCAAAGUGAUGAUUCUCCUGAUUUGUCUUAUUUCGGAGUUGUGGAGUGCUGCGCUGACUAAACCACUUGACAGAGCUGAUUAUCCCACCUCCUGAGCCCGGCAAAUUGGUUCAAUCAAAAGCGUGAUUAGUUGAAUCAGUUGUUUUAAAUAGAAUAAAAGCCUGCGGUAUCUGUAGCACUCCACAGCUCUUUUUCAGUCUUUAAAAUAGCUUAGAUGCACCAACCCACAAUGGCAGACUAAAGUGGUCCUGUCAGGCCAUUUGUCAAGUCCUCUGUCAAAGAACAACUCUAUAUACUGAGGAUAGUGAAGUCACUCUCAAAGGAUAAGAGCAGGUAUCUUAGCAUCUAGAAAUGUUGAUAUAUAGCUUAAGGGUGCAGGGUGAAGGUCAUGACAUCUGGCCUCAAGAGUCCUCUUGACCCCAAACAGAUAGACCCCAUUGGUUCUGUGCCCCCCAGUGACUUCAUUGCUCCCGCACGAUGUUGAUACAAUUCCACAAUUGCGUGCUGAACAAAGUGUAUUUAUUUCUGUUGUACUUUUUCUUUUUGUAAAUUUGAAUAAAAAAGGAACUAUUUCAAA